UAAGUUUAUAGCUUCUGAGCCUAUAUCUUCAAGCUUGUGGCUUCCGAGCUUAUAGCUCCAAGUUUGUAGCUUCCGAGCCUAUAGAUUCAAGCUUGUGGUUUUAGCUUAUUGCUUGUUGUCUUCUUAGCUUCUUGGCUAUUGGACUAUACCAGAAGAAGCUGAUAUGUUGGAUGCUUCGUUAUUUUAACCAGUAGUUUAGCCCAAAUGAAGUAGAUUUCCAUGGCGGCCGCCAUUUCCGUGACGCCGUUGGUACCUUACAACCGUAAACGGCGUCCCAGCGCCGUGAAAUUACGGUGUUAUAACGGCGUGGAGGAAGAUAGAAAGCAAUGGGAAAAGUUCUACAAGCGCCAUCAAAACAAGUUUUUCAAGGAUCGACAUUACCUGGAGAAGGAUUGGGGGCAUUACUUUUGUCAUCCAAAGGUCCUCUUAGAGGCAGGUUGUGGAGCUGGCAACACAAUAUUUCCUCUUGCCAAGAAAUAUCCUCAACUUUAUAUUCAUGCUUGUGAUUUCUCACAUCAUGCUGUCACACUUGUUAAGUCACAUCCAAAUUUUCGCAAAGAUCAAAUUAAUGUUUUUGUUUGCAAUAUUGCUGAAGAAAAUCUUUGUGAUCAUAUUAUGCCUGCAUCUGUCGAUAUUGUCACAUUGGUUUUCACAUUAUCUGCGGUUUCUCCAGAGAAGAUGCCAAUUAUUAUACAAAACCUUGGACUUGUAUUAAAGCCAAACGGUCAUGUUCUUUUUCGGGAUUAUGCUAUUGGGGAUUAUGCUCAAACAAUGCUGAUGAACAAAAAUCAAGUUAUCAGCGAGAACUUCUAUUUUCGUGGAGAUGGCACUUGUUCGUACUACUUCUCUGAAGAUUUUUUGUCAAGGUUAUUCGAAAGAGCUGGAUUUGUUGUAGUGGACGUGAAUACAUAUAACAAAGAAAUAAUAAACAGAGCUCGAAAUAUUACCAUGCAGAGGCGUUGGAUACGAGCUGUUUUCAGACGACCCUGAUGGUUUACGUGCACUUUGCUAAACAUGAUCCUCACACUGCAUUAAUGACACCAAAAUGCGAUUUUUCUGUUAAUUGACAGCUUGGUUUCUAGUCCUGCGGGUCAUCGGAAAGUUUAUUUGAUAACACAUUGAUUUGGGCUCUUCAGGGAGACAAUGAAGGUCUGGACUGAAUCUAUUCUUGUGUCACAUGUGAACUAAAACGUAUUCAUAUCUAUUAUUUCAUAGUAAAUAAAAACCAAAGCUGUUAAAGACUA